CAUUUCCAUCUAGCAGCCGAGGUGCACACUUCUUACUUCAAUGUUAUCCCACGAAAAAACUCCAGAACCCUGCUGGGGGGCCCAAAAUGUCUCCAGUACUAGGUAUACUGUGGAUCAGAGGCGGACUGACCAUUUGGAAACUCGGGCACUGCCCGAGGGCCCCGGGUCAGUAGGGGGCCCCAUGAGAUGCCCCUGGUACCUUUUUCAUAGGCUUUUUUGAGUUUGGCUUUUUUGUUUGGGCAAGGACACAGGGGCCCCAUGAUCCCCUAUUGCCUGGGGGCCCCAUGAGUUGUCAGUCCGCCCCUGUUCUCAAGAUUUACCAAAGCUGAAAUCUGGGAAAAAAACCUAUACUGAGCCAUUUCCAACAUGCAA